UUGCUUUGGUAGAAAAAUAUUGAUCUUUUGGAUUCUUCUUUAUUGCAGUUACCAUUGCCGAACUGAUGAGUUCUUGUCGGAAAUAUGGUAUCCAAAUAUGGUCACCCCGCAAUGAACACAAGCUUAUCAUGCAAUCUCUCCCUGACAAAACUCUUGCAGUUGUCGAUCAAGAGGUCAUCCCACAGUUGACUUCUCAUAAUGUGCCUUCUGAUCAAGCCUUUAUGGCUACCGUUGACACAAAUAGUGUUGUUGAAAAGGAAAUUCUGCUGACGCAAUUUUUGCCUAUAGCUCAACAAGAGAACCUUGAUGCGGGUUUUGGCAAUGAUGAUGAAGAUGAGACAAUCGAAAUGGGGGGUGAGGAAACAGGGGAAGGUGUAAUCGAAGAGGCUCAGUUGAAUUCUGGGUGUUUGGAAAAAUAAGGAAAAAGGAAGGUAAAUACCCCAGGAGGUGAGAGAGGUAAUAACAGAACUACUGGAGUUAGAAUUGCAAUUCCAAAGGAAGAUAUCUUAUGAACUAAGGGAAUGCGUCUUAAAGAUGUUGCAAAUCAUCUCGGAGAUGAAGAUUUUGGCAAUGUUGAAGUUGAGGCAGUUGGAAUGGGGAGUGGGGGAACAAGGCAAAGUGAUAUGGAAGAGGACCAACUCAAUUCUAGGUAUUUGGAAAAAGAGAAAAUGAACGAAAUGACCUCAGGAGGAGAGAGAAGAAACAAGAAAAAUGCAAUUUCUUUGGAAGAUAUCUUCCGGUGCAAGAAAAUGCCUCAAAAAGUUGCUGCAAAGCAUCUCAGAGUUAGCCUAUCCACACUGAAGCGAACUUGUCGAGGGCAUGGCAUCCCCAGUUGGCCACUUUGCGGGGAACACAAACAAUCUCGCCCCAACAAAUCUCCCGCGGUUGUUGAUAAAGUGCCAAUCCCACAACUGAUUUCUGAUACGCUUCUGCCUUCUAAUCAGUCUCAACUACUAUUGGCACGGAAAGUGUGA